AUGACGCCAGCGGCGCUUCCAGCCGCCUCACUCACAGCAAGCUCUGCGCCGAACUCGCCAUCUUCGGUUUCGUGCGUGUCACAGUCUGUGCCAGCGGUCGAGCUCAGUCCACUGAUCUUGCGUGUGCUCCUCUGGUGGGCUGGCCGUCCUCAGCUGCCGUCACGGCGCAGCGGACAGGUUGCCAAGGCCCCACGACAGAGUACCAACAGCAGUCGCAUCAACUGCCGAGGUGUGGGCGGCGAGCCGACGAGUGAGUUAUCUGCUGACAGCUCUGACAAUUUACACCCGUUGUCCAGCGAGGGCGGCAGCAGCGGCAAUCUUCCAUCACAGGGGCAGGAGGAUGCCAUGGGGCCGCAGCAGCUGCGGCUACGCAUUGCCGACAUCUUCGCCCUGCUAUGCCACCGCGAUGGUGGGGUAGUCGUGUCAGACGCGCUCCUGUACGGCCGUUGCCACGACGCCUCCGAGUUUGCAGCGCAACGCUGCCACCUUGUAUUUAGCGACUUUUCCGAUGCAUGCUGGAGGGUGGCGACAACGCUGGCCCCCACUUCACUCACGCCCUCCACUACAGCUGUGGGGCUGGUGUCGAUUGAGUCCUCUGCUUCACCUGAUUCUCAACACAGCAGUGCAGGUGCGCGUAGUGACACGUACGACGUGAAACAAGUGCUGUGCGCGCUGGUGGACCUGCACACAUCUGCCGCUCAGCUUUCUCCGCUGAGACGAUCGCCGCAUCUCACGACUGACACGACCGUGGAGUCAGACACCGUUGCGACAGGUGUGCUGCUCCGCGCGCUGCUCCGGUGCCCCCCACUUCACAAGAGAGUCAUGCGGCUGUUUAGCGGCGAUACACGCACUACAAAGCCGCGACGCUGCAAGCGAGGCGGCUUAGCUACCGUAGUGACGCCGCCGCCUGUGGCAUCUGCGGAGUCCACACAAGGGCUUGACCCACCUUUGUCCUCGACUGCAAUGUGGAGCGCGACGGGCGCUCGAAGGCAGCUCCACAUCUUCCUGCCCGUCCUCACUCACGCAUCGCCGAUCGUGUCAGCCGAGUCGUGGAAAACGCUGACGGUGCUGCUGUUACCCUCUUCAGCCACUACCGCUCGCUCUGCGACGCAUCGCCCGCUUUUGUUUGCGCCGGCUUGCCCAGUGCAGCGUCUCCUUGCGGCUGCCUUGGCACUUCCUGGAGACGACAAUGACAGCACAAGCGUUAGUGGGUCACCGAGGCCGCAGCCCGUCUUGCAGCCGUUUUCCCACCCUAUGGCACGCAACAACGCACUGCGACUCCUCCACGUACUGUGCGCCUCCACCGAUCUACCGCCGGCCGUCCAGUCACUCUUUCAUCAGUGCCCUGCACUGCUGUGGCGAGUGCUGCGCCUGGCCGCUGCCGUCUGCAACGGAAUAGCUGUUGCUCAUGUGGCGCUGGUGCGACGGGUCCUCGCCGACUACAUCAUGUUCUCUGCUCAGCAGCCUAGCUAUGGUAAAAGUGGCGGUGUCGACCUGCGUAGCAGCUCCAGCAUCUCUACCCAGGCGCUACUGCGCGAAAACAAGGAUGCUCUCACCUGCUUUUUGGCGUCGACAUACGCGGCGUGGGGUGGUAGUGGCGUGGCACCGGAGAACGCUGGCGGAGACCUGGUCGUUGCUGCUGCCCCUGUGACCUCGGAGCGUGGCUACGACGAGAAGCACCUAAUAACGGUGCUGCACGCGCUGUGA